GACCAACAACAAUAAUAUAUUUGCUCGGACUUCUGGAUUUACCCAUACACACAGCUCGGAACUGUUCACUGCCACCUCUGUUGCAACUACUCCUCUGCCUUCGCUUUUUGGCGACAGGCGCUAUGCAUCUGUUGGUUGGGGACAGUCUCAACAUUUCUAGAUCAACAGCGGGCAGAUGUAUACGGGCAGUGUCAGUAAAAAUAGCCGAACUGUCGAAGGAUUUUAUCCAGUUUCCAGUUGGAAGGGACGCCGUUCGUGCAAAGGAGGCAUUCGGCAACAUUGCAGGAUUCCCGAAUGUCGUUGGGUGCAUCGACGGUACUUUUAUCCGAAUACAGCGGCCGACUGCAAACGAGGGAGACUUCGUGAACCGGCGAGGUUACCAUUCCCUAAAUGUUCAGAUGUGCUGUGAUGCAAACUUUAAAAUCACCAUUUGCAACGCCAGCUGGCCCGGAUCAGUGCAUGACAGUGCAUGA